GUUAUCCCACGAUGACGCGGUGUGUCAGUGUAAGAUAUUGUAGAUUCAAAUAGUGUUCACUUCAAACAAAAACGCAGUUGGCAGCCAAGGUAUUACGAAACGAAACAUAUCUGCAAUUUAAAUUUCAAUCGUACCAAAUGGAACGACAGCAUUGGUGUUCAUUUUGUUUUAUUCCUUUCAUGAAUGAAUCUAGCUUAAUAGCUCAUCUAAAUAUUCAUGAACAACAACCACGAGUUCCUUGUAGUCUGUGUCCGCAAACAUUUAUACAUCAUAGUCAAAUAGGAUAUCAUAUGAGAUAUAAGCAUUCUGAUUGUAUAAAUAAAAAGUUUGUUGAAAAUUCCGAAAGUAUUUGUAGAAAAAAUAUCACAGACAUCACAACUGAGGUAGAAUCUGAUUCCGAAUGGCCAGACAGUUCUGAGGAAGAGGAAACUGUAACGAGCAGUGAGGAAGAAGAAUGUUCGGAGGAAAACUAUGACAUGGUCAAUUCAGAUUCUGAAAGUGAGGAAGAACCCGUUGAAAAAAAUUCGAAUGAAAUAAACUACAUCUUAGCUCGAAAUGUGAAUGAUGCUUCUGCCAAUGAAAAUCGUGAAAGCGAAUUUGAUCUAAAAGGAGUCAAAACCAAACAUGUGAAUAAUUCAGAUGGACAUUAUGGCAAUGUAAAGAGUUGUGAUGUUUCAUUUCUUACCAAAUUAGAAAGGAAAAAAUCAGGAAGACAAUAUUUGAAUGUCACAAGAAACAUUCCUAAUUUAGAAGAUAACUCUAAAGGACGCAUAUUACAACAGCACAUGAAUACGGCGUUUCUAAAUUCAGAUUACAGUGUGUGUUCUCAACGACCUAGUUAUAAUUUUAGUGAUAAAGAUACAGAUUCUGAUUUACGGGAAGAAUAUCAUCAUGAGAAGACUCAAGUACACACAAAAGAAAUUGUACAGCAAAUCCAACGGGUUGGUUCAGAUAGGAAAAACGAAGACAUACUAGAUUAUGGAAAGAACAAGGCUAUACUAAGCCAACAUGAUGUUGAAGAUGGAGACGAAUUAGUAGGAGCAAAUACAGAGCAUGAGCUCGCAGUAGCGGAUGAGGUAAACAGUCCAGGUCAACCAGUAUGGAAGGAGGCUAUUAACAUACUAAAGGAUACUUUUAUGAAAAAGAAGAAAAGGACUAGGAAAAAGGGAAUGUUUGCUUCAACAAAUACAGUUACGUUCUCAAAGUGGUUACCCGAUAAUUUUCCUGUGGAAGGUGUCAUGUGUGGUUGUGGAAGACACUUUAAAACGCCGACGUCGCUUUUAGGUCACUUGCGCAGAAAAAGCGCCACCGCCAGAAAAUCUUUAAAGUUAUUCAAAAAAAAUGUAUAAUUAAAGCUUUUAAAGACGUUACAUAAUGCCAUUAAUUGCAACUGAACAUUAUAGAAUAUAAAAGUUUAAUGUUUCAUGACCUGAAUAAAACUACCAGGUAUAUGUUUCAUACUAUUUCAUACAAAAAAAAAGACGUGGUAUGAUUGUCAAUGAGACAACUAUCCACAAGAAACCAAAAUGACACAGACAUUAACAACUAUAAGUCACCGAACGGCAUUCGACAAUGAGCAAAGCCUUACCGUAUAGUCAGCUAUAAUAGGCCCCGAUAUGACAAUGUAAAUCAAUUCAAACUAGAAAACUAACGGCCUUUAUUAUUGGUUUAAAAAAUGAACGAAAAACAAAUAUAUAUGUAACACAUCAACAAACGACAACCACUGAAUUGCAGGCUUCUGACUUUGGACAGGCACAUACAUAAAUAAUGUGACGGGGUUAAACAUGUUAGCGGGAUCCAAUCCCUCCCCUAACGUGGGACAGUGGUAUAACAGUACAACAUAAGAACGAACUAUAAAAAUCAGUUGAAAAAGACGCGUUUUAAAAAGCAAUCUAUAAGAAAGAUGUCAUCGUGUUUUUUUAUCUUUAAAUACAUGUCAUGAAAUCAGUGAAUUGGCAACUUAUCAUUGAUUGCAGUGUGUUAAUAGCAAACGCAGAAUAUUAAAAAUAAGGAAUGGUGAACUGUUAAUCCUUCCGUUUUUCUCAAAUAAACCUGUCUUUGAGAUUGAAAGGGGUCAUACAAUCUGAUCGAAAUAAAGACUCCGUAAGUUAGAAAUAUUCUCAUUUGAAUCCAAAAGCUUUUCAUUUUACAUUCUGUUUAAAUACCUGAUGGGGUCCUUUAUGGUUUAUUUUAUUAUCAUUGAUGUGUUUGAAAUUUUGAUAUAUAUGGAAAAACUGUAAUAUAUUUUCUCAGUCUAUGGGGAAAUAAUUCAAUUUAGAUGAAACGAGUUUUCUGGGUUUAUUCGUUUUUUAUUUAGUGUGUACCAAUUUUUUUUAUGAGAUGUUACCAAACGGUGGAGACAGUAAACGAAACGGAAAACGGCACGGAAACGGAAAAUGGAAACAAAAAGAGUUAACAUCUUUUCUUUCUAUCUACAAAGGGAUGUUUUAUAAUGAAUAACUCGUGUUUACAUGGAAGAAAAACAGAGGAAUACAUUUGAAAUCAAAAAUUUUAAAGCAUAAAUAUAAAACAAGAAGAUUUUGGUAUUAUUGCAAAUUAGACAACCUUACACAAGAGACCAACUGACACAGGCAUUAAAUUGCAACUAUGAAUCACCGUACCGAUUCAAAAAUGAACAAAGCCUAUAUUGCAUAAUCAGCUAUAAAAGACCUCAAAAUGAUAAAUGUUAAACAAUCCAAACGUGAAAUUUAACGGAUUGAUUUAUGUGCAAAAAAGGAACGCAAAACAAAUAGGUAACCAUCACAAACGAUAACUACUGAAUUACAGGCUUUUGACCUGCAUAGGUAUGCACAUACAGAAUGUGCCGGGAAUGAACAUGUUAGCUGAAAACUAACGUUCCCCCCAUAAAAAAAUAAAAUUAGCAAUACCGUGACACGAUGAGACUGUAUUCUUGAUAAAUUUGUUAAGGUCAUCUCAUGCGUAUGUCAUUCAUGCGAUUCAGUAUAGUCUGGACAUUGGCUUUAAAUCUAUAGAUAAGCUGUGACGUAAUAACAUAAUAAAAUGUG